CGGGGGAGGAUGAGCCCGGCGCGGCGCGGCCGGAGCCGCCCGAGUCCCGCUCCCCGCGGGGCCGCCUGUUAGUGCUGGAGGAGGAGGAGGAGGAAGAGGAGGCGGCGGCGGCGGACGGCCGCGGCCCGGGCGGGACGGGAGCUGCCCCGGCAGCGGGCGGGGAGCGGGUUUCGGCCGGAGCUGGGCGGCGGCGGGCAGGCAGCGGAGCGGCCAUGCCGUGGCUGAGCGGCGGACGGCGGCGGCAGCGGCAGCAGCAAGGGGCGGCGGGGCAGGGCGGCGGGCCGGCGGCGGGCGGGCAGCGCGGCCGGGAGAGUUCGGAACUGCCGCUGCCCGCCGGCUGGGAGGAGGCGAGGGACUUCGACGGGCGCGUCUUCUACAUCGACCACAACACCCGGCAGACCUCGUGGAUCGACCCCCGCGACAGGAUUACAAAGCCAUUGACAUUUGCUGACUGUGUUGGUGAUGAGCUUCCUUUAGGAUGGGAAACUGUUUACGAUCAGCAGAUUGGAGUGUAUUAUAUGGACCACAUAAAUCAGCUUACACAAAUUGAAGACCCAAGGGAGCAAUGGAGAAGGGAGCAGGAACGCAUGCUAAAGGAAUAUUUAAUAGUUGCCCAGGAGGCACUUAAUGCCAAGAAGGAGAUUUACCAAAUAAAGCAGCAGCGUUUCGAACUAGCCCAAGAAGAAUAUCAACAGUUGCACAAAAUGUGUGAGGAUGACAACCGUUCUUAUGCGAGCUCAUUCUCUGGAUUUUCAACUAAUACCAAGUAUGACCCAUAUCAGAUUAAAGCAGAAAUAGCCAGCCGUCGUGACAGGCUUUCUAGGCUAAAACGAGAAUUGGCACAGAUGAAGCAAGAGCUGCAAUAUAAGGAAAAAGGAGUGGAAACUCUGCAAGAGAUCGAUCGUAAGAUGUCAAGUGCUCAUACGAAUUACAGACUGGAUGAAGCGCAGGCUAUAAUGAGUGAGCUACGAACCAUAAAGAAAGCCAUAUGCACAGGUGAAAAAGAGAGGCAGGACCUUAUGCAGAGCCUGGCCAAGCUAACCGAUGGAUUCAGGAAUAGCUGUUGCAUUACAGAUUCCCUGCAGGAUCUCCAGCACAAUUCUAGUUCACUCAGUGAUUCCUGUUUACCUCAACAACACUGCGAUGCUUGUUCUCAGACUGACAUCACUGGGGAGUUUGGGUUCGAUGAUAAAACAAGACUUGUAGACAAAGUAAGACUCAACUGGCAAUAUGAAGAAGCCAAGAAAAGAGUUUCAAAUAUACAACAGCAGCUGGCCUUGUUAGACAAUGAAUCUUGGCCAGGAAUGGCUGAAGCGGACAGGGACCGUCUUCAGCUCAUCAAGGAGAAGGAGGCUCUUCUUCAGGAGCUGCAGCUCAUCAGUCAGCAGAGACGAUCCCCAGAAGACAUUGCACGUUUGGAGGAAGAAAAAAGACGUUUGGAGGAUGAAAUUCAGCGGGCUCGAGCAACUUCUGCUCAUGGGGCCACUGAAAGGAUACUGUUACAGGAAAAGAGAAAUUGCUUGCUUAUGCAACUGGAGGAAGCUACACGUUUAACCUCGUAUUUACACUCCCAAUUGAAAAGUCUGUCAGCUAGCACCCUCACAAUGUCAUCUGGCAGCAGCAGGGGUUCCCUGGCCUCCAGCCGAGGUUCCCUGGCAUCCAGCAGAGGCUCCCUCAGCUCAGUCAGCUUUACGGACAUCUACGGCCUUCCUCAGUAUGACAAGUCAGACAGCGUUACAGACUACGGGCAGCAUUUACGCUUUGACAUCAUUCCCUUUGAGUCUCUGACAAAGGACGUGCCGUACGCUGAUCCCAUUGGACAUUCAAAUUUCAAUAAGCAACGGAGGUCUCUGGAUACCCCUCAGUCCCUGGCAUCCCUGUCAUCACGGUCCUCACUGUCAUCGCUGUCCCCUCCAAGCUCACCUCUGGACACCCCGUUUCUCUCCGCAUCUCGAGAUUCUCCCUUGGCUCAGAUGUCUGAAGGCUUUGAGGAGAUUGCAGGCAUGGGAGCUCUGGAAAUGCUCAGAGCUCAGACCACAGCAUUGGGUGACGAUGAUGCACAAGGAACAAGUUCAUCUCAGAUGUCCUCUUACCCUGUCGACAGUGAAGGGGUGCGAGAAAUGGGCCCACAGCUGACUGCUGUCCAACCUAGUGGAGCUGUAACUCUGCGAGGAGACAGCGGUCGAAGAUCGGAGAGGAGAGCCAGGCGAGUUUCAGCAUGUCUCUCAGAUCAUUCACUGGCUAGUGACAGUGGCGUGUUUGAAGCUUUAAGCAAAAGGAAUGAAGAUAUGGAAGAGCCUGUUUAUGGUGAUAUUGCCAGUAAUGAAGAACCACAAAUACAUGUUGGUUUUCUGCAUGACAGUGGAAGCGAAUGUCUCUUAGUCCAUGUACUACAGCUGAAGAAUUUUACUAGUCUAGUUGUUAAGGAAAACUGCAAAAUUCAUGUGAGAGUUUAUUUGCCACCACUCGAGUCAGGCACACCAACCACUUACUGCUCCAGAGCCUUGGAAUUCCAAACUCCGCUAAUAUUUAAUGAAGUUUUCCGCAUCCCUGUGCAUUCAAGUGUUUUGAAACUGAAAUCACUUCAGCUGUACAUUUGCUCAGUUGACCAUCAGCAACAAGAAGAAUUAUUGGGCAUUGCUCAGAUAAACCUGAGUGAUUUGGAGAGCUCCAGUGAGAUGCAGCUUCACUGGUAUUCUGUUCAAAUCUUCACUGGCUCGGAUCCCCAGAGACCAAAGAACAAACACCAGUGUGAAGAAAGUAUUCCCCGGUCUUCUGGAAAUGUAACCACAGUUAAAACAGAUGCAGUGACAGCCCUGUUAGCGAGGACGACUGCCCAACUGGAAGCAGUUGAGAGAGAGCUGGCAGAAGAGAGAGUGAAACUGGAGUACACUGAAGAGGAAAUCCUGGAGAUGGAGAGAAAGGAAGACCAAGCAGAAGCCAUAUCAGAAAGGAGUUGGCAAGCAGAAUCUGUUGACAGUGGAUGCAGUAAUUGCACCCAGACUAGCCCUCCUUAUCCGGAGCCAUUUUGCGGGGAUUCAUUAGCUGGACACAUGUUUGCAACUCAAGCUGGCCAGUACAGCUCUGGAAAACUCCAGCCUCCACCAGUAAAGGUGGAUAAAGAAACUAAUACUGAGGAUCUGUUUCCUGAAGAAGUUGCUAUCCUUCCAAAAGAGAGAACUAGCCGCAGGCCACGGGGUUCUGCUUUUGUUCGCAGCAGCACAAUUGUUCGUUCCCAGACCUUCUCACCUGGAGCACGAAGUCAAUAUGUUUGCAGACUGUAUCGCAGUGACAGUGACAGCUCGACUCUGCCAAGGAAAUCACCGUUUGUCCGGAAUACAUUGGAGAGGCGCACUCUUCGGUAUAAGCAGUCCUGCAGAUCAUCUUUGGCUGAGCUUAUGGCAAGGACAUCAUUAGACCUGGAGCUGGAUCUCCAGGCAUCCAGAACUAGACAGAGACAGCUGAACGAGGAGAUAUGUGUCUUAAGGGAGCUGAGACAGCGUCUGGAAGAUGCCCAGCUCAGGGGGCAGACAGAUCUGCCCCAUUGGGUCCUUCGGGAUGAGCGAUUCCGAAAUCUGUUGAAGGAAGCAGAGAGGCAGACACGGCAGACCAAAUUUGAACAUCACCAGGAGCAAGCAGCUGAAAAGAUGCUAAAGAAAGCAUCAAAAGAAAUAUACCAGUUGCGUGGGAAAAACCAGAAGGAGCCUAUUCAGGUGCAGACUUUUAGAGAGAAGAUAGCAUUUUUUACAAGACCAAGGAUUAACAUACCUCCUCUGCCGGCUGAUGAUGUAUGACAUGUUGCAUUGUAAACAUGAAGUAUUUAUCGCUUUUAUUUUAAUGAAGUUAUUAGAUUAGCCAAGUUUCUUUUAAAAAAAAAAAAAAAAAAAAAAAGCAAACAAAGAAAA